AUGUCGUCCACUCAACGAUCGCGAGAAGGGCCUCAACUCGAAGGGGCUUUUCAGAUAUGCGUUCAAAUGGAUGCGGGUUCUGCUCAGGUGGCUUUGCUCUCCGAUGGCCCUCCGAAAAUGUUCACCUUUGAUGGCGCGUACUAUAUGGAUGCCACCGGCGAACAGAUCUACAACGAUAUAGUCUAUCCAUUAGUCGAAAAUGUAAUCGAAGGCUACAAUGGCACUGUGUUUGCAUACGGUCAAACUGGCUCUGGAAAAACGUUCUCGAUGCAAGGCAUCGGUGAUCUUCCAACCCAACGAGGUAUCAUACCAAGAGUAUUCGAGCACAUCUUCCUUGCGACUGCUACCACUGAGAACAUGAAAUUUCUCAUACAUUGCAGCUAUUUAGAGAUCUAUAACGAAGAGGUACGAGAUCUACUUGGUGCAGAUAAAAAUCAGAAAUUAGACAUAAAGGAGCAUACAGAACGCGGUGUAUAUGUUGCCGGUCUGUCGAUGCACGUUUGUCAUGAUGUAGAGACGUGCCAUCAGCUGAUGGACAAAGGUUUUAGUAACAGACAUGUCGGCGCGACCUUGAUGAAUAAGGAUUCAUCACGUAGUCAUUCUAUAUUCACUGUCUAUGUGGAGGGGAUGAUGGAUAACGGUUCAAUUCGAACUGGAAAGCUGAACCUUGUCGAUCUCGCAGGAAGCGAACGUCAAUCUAAGACCGGGGCCACUGGAGAUCGUUUUAAAGAGGCUGCUAAAAUCAACCUAUCGCUGUCCGCUUUGGGAAACGUCAUAUCAGCUUUAGUGGAUGGGAAAUCGAAGCAUAUCCCUUAUCGCGAUUCAAAGCUGACGCGAUUACUGCAGGAUUCGCUUGGAGGUAAUACGAAGACCAUAAUGAUAGCAUGCAUCUCGCCUUCUGAUAAUAAUUAUGAUGAGACGUUAUCGACACUCAGAUAUGCGAAUCGUGCGAAGAACAUUAAGAAUAAACCAAGGAUCAACGAGGAUCCUAAGGAUGCCUUACUCAGAGAGUACCAAGAGGAGAUCGAGCGCCUUAAGGCUUUGCUUGCACCUGGAGCAAAUGCAGCAUCGAUAAUUCCGUUCGAUAUCGAAGCCGAAAGGGCGAAGUUACGCGAAGAGCUUGAGGAGACAAUGAGAGAAUUGAGGUAA